UUUCCUGUCUGAAGAUAAAUCUGAUUCUUCUGCUUCCUUAAAUACACAACUCCACUUUUUCACCGACUUUUUUCUUGCCUGAAAACCCCUUUUUUCUUCCUCUUCUCAGCAAUUAUUGGGAGGAAAUUGGAGUAGUUUCUGCAGCUCCCUUUAACAACUCUCUCAUCUUUUCCAUUCUUUUUUUAUCAACCCUAAAGCCUAUUUUUAGCUUCCAGAAAAGCCUACUUCUUCCUCCCUUUCUCUCUCACACGCAACACGCCGUGGCUGUGUUUUUUAGAGAGAGAGAGAGCCAUGCAAAUCAUAUGCUACUCAUGAUAUAAUCACAAACCCCAUAUAUAUAAUCCUCUACCUUUUCCAGCUCUUCCCUCUUUCCCAAGUCUCCAGCUUUUCUCUCAUCUCUCUCUCUUGUUUACAGUGUCUCUGAUUUCUAUUCAGUUCAGCCUUUGCUUUGUUCACAAAUAAUGUACUUUAGCUCAAACCAGAUGAUCAUGGCAAACAGUACUGUUUCCACAGCGCCUGAUCUCUCUUUACAGAUCAGUCCACCCUCGGUCUCCAACUGUCAUCAGUACAAGGAAACAACGCAUGACUACAAUGGGCUGUUGAAAAUGCCCUACGGCGGCGCUGACCGGAGCUCCACCACUGAUUCCGGCAGCAGCGGCAGCGAUUUGAGCCAUGAAAACGGAUUCUUGAAUGCAGAAAGGAGUUUCUGUAAUCAACCCGUUGAGCCCACUUUGAGCCUAGGGUUUGAAAUGGCUGCGGGAUUAUCAUUAAACCACACUCCGCCCCUGCAAAUGCCGCGGCACUAUCAUCACUAUCAGCCUCAAAUAUACGGCGGCCGCGAGUUCAAGAGAACUAAUUCAAGAAUGAUGUCUGCCAUCAAAAGAAGCGUCCGCGCACCGAGAAUGAGAUGGACUUCAACUCUUCAUGCCCAUUUCGUCCACGCAGUUCAGCUUCUCGGCGGCCAUGAACGAGCAACACCGAAGUCUGUACUAGAGCUGAUGAAUGUGAAAGAUCUAACCCUAGCUCACGUGAAGAGUCACUUGCAGAUGUAUAGAACAGUGAAGAGCACUGACAAAGGAACAGGUCAGGGACAGACAGAUAUUGGGUUGAAAUUGCACCGGACAGACGACGAAAAUGCUGACUGUAAUAAUAUUAGUACCACUCCUCCCACUAUGUUCACCCCAUUACCACCUCCAUCAUCAUUGCAAACAAAUGCUCCUCCAUUACAACAUAUUGCUCAGAGGGCUUCAUGGUCAUCUUCUCCAGACAACCUUGUACCAAGUCCCUCAAGUCAACAAGAAGUACUGUCUACUGAUUUCCAAGCAGGAAUUGAUGCAAUUCAGGUAAAUGGAGAUGAGACAGCCCAGAAAAUGUCGGCAGACAAGGAAAAGUUAGACAAUCUUAGUAGCUUGUCUUCUCCUGAUGUGCUGCUCGAUCUAGAAUUUACCCUAGGAAGGUCAAACUGGCAAAUGGACCGCUCCAAAUCCUCCCUUCUUAGAUGUUAAACCUUGAUUAGACUGUUUAAUUAAUUAAUGCUUCUGACUAAUGCUAAACCUAGCUAGCUAGAGAGUCUUAUAAGAGAAAUCUGUAUUUCCGUAAUUUUAUUUUUUUUUUGUUUGGACAUUAUUGAUUUUUGUGAAUUAAUGAUCUAAUUGAGCAGAGA